AUGGCAACUAGAGGAUAUUCGUUAGUACAAGAUUUUGGAUCAUUAAUAAAUAAUCCUAAAUAUAGUGAUAUAGAAAUUUUAUGUGAGGAUGGAAAAAAAUUAUAUGGUUGUAGAGCUAUUUUAGCAGCGAGAUCAGAUGUGCUUAACGGCUUGCUUUAUAAUGGUAUGAGGGAAAGCUACGAAAAUCAAAUUUCUUUUCCAACAAUUAAUUCCGUUGGAAUGGAAAUUAUAUUAGAAUAUGUUUAUACAGGUUCUGUUAAAGAAGAGUCCUUAAAUCAAAAUAAUAUUAUUGAGGCUUAUUAUGCCGCUGAUUAUUUCCAAUUACUAGAUUUACAGGGUAUCAUUAUUAAGAUGGUACAGAAUUUUAUAGAAAAGGAUAACAAAGAAAACCAAAAAAAUUUUUCUCCUGAGUUGUUGUCCAAAGUUGCAGAAAUAAUUCCAUCAUUAGCAGAAAAUGAUGAUGCCCUUAUUAAAUUAUUAUUUGAAGCAGUAGCAACUACGCCAUUAAAUACCAUUGAAUUUGGUCGAUUAUCUUUUUCAGCCCUACACCACCUUUUGUUCCAUAUACAUGGAAAAGAUAAAUCAUUCGCAACGCCAGAAUAUGAGGUCUUGCGUUAUGGUGCUAUUUUGGCGGCGGAAAAAGUAAAUAAUAAUAACUAUAUAGCUCUCAUAGGAUGCCUACCAACCUUAAAGCAAAUAGAAGAAGAAUCAGUCGACAUGAAUAAAACGUUUGUUAUUAGUUGCAAAAAUAUUUCUAAAGAAUUGAAACCUUUAAUUAAAUAUAUUGAUUUCAGGCGAAUUGAAGGACAAAUAUUAGUUGAGAUCAUUGAACCACUAAAAAUUAUUUCAGAAGAUAUCAUUAUAAAUGCUCUCCGUUAUAUUAAGUCAAAUAAUCCAGACUUAUAUUAUAUUCGUGGAAUACCAUCGUGUUAUAAAUCUGCUUAUGUUUGGGAUAAAUGUGGAUCAAAACUUGUAAUUGAGGAUAAUGGAAGAGUUGUACGCGCGCAGGAUGAUAUUAAUUCAUUCCAAGCAGCGACAACUAAAUGGGGAAUAGAAAGUGAAGGAAUUUAUGAAUGGAACGUCAUUGUUGAGAAAACUAAUGAUAAUAUUUGUAUUGGAUUUGGUGGAUUAUCCAAAUCUCAAGAAAAUAAAUUUAUGUUAAGGUCUGAUGGUAUUUGUAAUGGUUCCGUAAAUUUAAGUUAUUGUCCAUCAUUUAAGGAUGGCACGAAAAUUACUGUUCAUCUAGAUACGAAUAAAGGAACUUAUGCUUUUACAGUCGAUGGUAUAAAGUAUCCGAAGGUAUCAAAUUGGCGUAAUUUCCCAGAUAUUAUUUAUCCAAUGGUAAUGUUGCGUAGUCCCUGUCGACUUCGAAUUGAAGAGUUUUGGUAA